CUACUACACUCCCUUGCUAUUCCAAUUUACAAGAGAUAACGGCCCUCUAAUGGCCGGUGUGCGCUUGUUACCGUUUCUCGCUGCCAUUAUAUGUAUGUCAGUUCUAAACGGAGUCUUAAUGCCGAAGCUAGGUCCAUACAUGCCGUGGCAUGUCUUUGGCACCGCAACAAUGGUAACCGGCUCUGCGCUUAUGCUCACCAUAAACUUAUCGACGCCGGAAUCCCACAUCUACGGACUCACUGCACUUAUCGGUAUUGGAUGUAGAUCGUAUUUCACUGCCGGCAUUACCGUCGUCCAGACCCUCGUCCCGGUUUCUAAGCUAAGUAACACGGUGGGCUUCAUGGCCACGGGCCAAAUGAUGGGCCAGAUCGUGGUGCUCAGUAUAUCGGGCGCUUUAUUCCAGAACAUCGGUUCAGAUCGCCUCCGCACCCUCCUACCAGACCUAUCCUCAGAUGAAAUCUUGCAGUUGACGACGGGGGCGAACAGUCCUGUCUUCCAAGGUCUCGGUCUUGAGCUACAGCCGCAGGUUAUAGAGGAAGUGACACUAGCGAUCCGCAAUGUGUUCGCGGUUAUCUUGGCUACCACGGCACUGGGCUUGGUUGGGUCUGUCUUUAUGAGUCGUCAAAAACUGUACCGAUAACAGCAUCUCGCCUCCGCAUUUUAAAAAUCUACGACGGGAAUAUUAAUAUUCGGGUCGAAAGGUAUCACUAUGGACUAGAGGCUGUAAGUUAGGUCACCGCUCCACGAGCCACCGCUUCGCGGACCACCUUUUUACAAAUAUGCUUAUAAAUAAACGAUUUUUACCCGUAAAAAAGCGGGUUAAUUUUUUUGGUUGAUUAAUUAAUAAUUUAACUAGUUUCAUAUAAAUUUAGGGUUUUUUCCCUUAUCUUGAC